UGUGGUUUUUAAUAAUCAAUAUAGCUCCUCCUAGCAGGGGCAGGUGCCCAGUUUUAAGUGUACUUAGUGUAGGGAGGGUAGAUUCUAGAAAUGAAGAUAUUCAAACCUAAUUGGGUUAAACAUGAUAAAGGACAGCCGAUAUUCUCCAUUGAUAUACAUCCUGAUGGCACGAGGUUUGCUACUGGAGGCCAGGCUGAUGACGGCAGUGGUAAGAUCAUUAUUUGGAACAUGGCCCCAGUGAGGGAAGAGCCCAUCAGUGAUGUACCUAAACUGUUGGUGGAACUAACGAAUCACUCCGGUUGUGUUAACGUCACACGAUGGUCACGUGAUGGACACUACCUCGCCAGUGGUAGUGAUGAUAGUAUUAUUAUAAUAUGGAGCCUUCGCUAUAAAACUGAUGGGAAACUGGGAUUAGAAAACCCUGUGUACGAGCAGUGGGGGUGUGGCCACGUACUGAGAGGUCAUAAUGGUGACGUGCUGGAUCUGUCCUGGUCACAUGACAGGAAGUACCUGGCGUCAGCUAGUAUCGACAACACUAUUAUCAUAUGGAACACACUAAAGUUUCCAGAGAAAGUAGCCAUCAUUGAAUCGCACACUGGACUUGUUAAAGGUGUUUCUUGGGAUCCUGUUGGUAAAUAUCUUGCUUCACAAUCUGAUGACAAGUCCCUUCGCGUUUGGAGGACCUCUGACUGGAAAGAGGAAGUCAAAAUAUCAGAACCAUUUCAUAAUUGUGGAGGAACAACCCACGUACUCCGAUUGAGCUGGUCACCCGACGGUCGGUUCAUAGUCUCUGCCCACUCUCUUAACAAUGAUGGACCGAGUUCUCGUAUUAUCGACCGAACCACUUGGAACACCGAAAUGGACUUUGUAGGUCACCGGAAGGCAAUAGAAGUGGUUCAGUUUAAUCCUCACCUUUUCGAGAGAGAAAAGGGAGGGGAUAGUCACGGCUGCCUGGCUAUCGGGAGCAGGGAUAGAUCCUUAUCAGUUUGGCUGACCAGUUAUAAACGACCAUUAGUUGUUACUCCUGACGGAAGGAGGCGUAUCACUCCAGUACUCCUCAACACUGUACCUCAGUCUGGACUCUCCGAUAGUCCUUUCUCUAAUUCUAUGAUAAUGGCCACACCUCCAAAAACCACACCUACUAAGAGGCCACACCCAGAUGAAGAGUGUACAGCUAGUCCUACUCCAAUCAGUUUUGCUCCUUUAUCUCCAGUGAACGAGCCUCCAGCUGUUACUAAACAGUCUCUACCUAAGCAGGAGGCAGUUGAGGUCACUGGGUCUGGUAAAGGGAAACGUGUCAAGAAAGUUAAAAUAACUAAUGAGGAAUCGUUAGCCAAGCACUCUAAGCCAUGUCUACAAAAGCCACAUCCACCAAUUAAUAAUUAUUUAGAGUGUCCAUCUCUCCUUCCCUCUCUAUCCCUUCAAGUGGGUGGAGUUUCUCUGGAAGCGACCAAUGGCAGUGGAGGGACUACAUUAUCUUGUAAAGGAGGGGACCUGGCCUGGUCCCUUCUCCUUCAUUCUCCUGUCCUCUUGCUCGGAGCUAGUCGGGCAGUGACAGCUGUUUGUGGUAAUGAUAGGACAAUGGCACUGGUUUCCACGGCAACAGGACGUGUAUUGGUCUCUCGUAUUUUAUUAAUAAAUGAUCCAUUUCAAUUGAAAGUUAGUUUGCACUAUGUUGCCAUAGCAACUGUUAAUGCAACCCUAUCAGUCUUUGAUGUGACUGGCACUCGGUCAAUGGUCUCUGGUGCCUCAUUCCAUCACCUACUGACGGCCGCUGGAGGAACAACUGGUGGGAUCAACAUUGAAAUAACGGAGACUGGCGUACCGGUUGUUAUGACAACCAACCGAUCAUAUGGAUACCAUUACCUUAUGGAGUGUUGGGUUGAACUGACUCACCAAAAGGAAGCUGCUCAAAUGAAUCCAUCAACCAGUGGAACUGAUAUAUCAACGCACCCACUGCACUACAUACAGUCAGUGAGUGGUACAAGGACCAGUAGUACUACAGUAACCUCUACUGAGGAAUGUCUUUCUUUCUUAGAGUCUCAGCUGUUUAGAAGUUCUUGUCUUCAAUCAUCAGUCGAAUACGAGUCCUUGUUAAAGAGAUAUGUCACUUAUCUGGUGAACCAGUCCCUCAGUGAAAGGCUGAGAGAAGUGUUCAUGAUGUUAGUAUCUUGUUGUAAUCACACUGGACAGGGUCUAGUACCAGCAUCAGUGGUAAAUGGACCCACUCUUAAUCAACUGCUAUCAAUAAUAGCUACCAACACUAACCUACAGAGACUAUAUGCAGAACUUAAACUUGUUUUUGAUAGUAUCAAUUAAUUUUAACGAUACUUUUAAAUGUCAAUUUAAUUAAUAGAUGAAGCUAUUUUCA